AUGCGUUCCAUGAAAGCGAAGCACCGGCUCGUCCGACCCCUCCCUCGGCUCCUCUCCACUGCCGCUGGCCAGACGGUACCGGCUUCGAGCCAGAUCACUCCCAUUACCUCUCUCAUUAUUGCCAACCGUGGUGAGAUUGCUCUCCGAAUCCACAAGACUGCGGACAGGUUAGGAAUCAAGACGACGACUAUCUAUACAGACCCCGACAGCAACAGCCAGCACGCCGCGUGUUCCCCGCAUUCCUUGAACUUGGGCGACGCAAGAGCGUACCUAGACGGCGAACGCAUCAUCUCUCUAGCCAAGAAGCACGGCAUACAAGCUCUUCAUCCCGGCUAUGGCUUUCUGUCUGAGAACUCCCGAUUUGCCGAGAAAUGCGAAAAGGAGGGCAUCGUCUUCGUUGGGCCUCCGGCGCAGGCAAUGACCGAUAUGGGUGACAAGGCACGAAGCAAGAUCAUCAUGACCGACGCCGGCGUUCCCUGUGUUCCAGGGUACCAUGGUUCAGAUCAGGGGGAGGCACAAUUAUUAGAACACGCAAAGAAUAUCAAGUUCCCAGUGUUGCUAAAGAGUGUCAAGGGCGGUGGUGGGAAGGGUAUGCGCAUCGUUAUGACCGAGGACGAGUUUGCCGCCCAGCUUGGCAGUGCUCGCGCCGAAGCCCGCGCCUCCUUUGGCGAGGGUGGCGAGGUCAUGUUGGUGGAGAAGUACAUUGUGCGCCCUCGCCAUGUUGAGGUGCAGGUGUUUGCGGACAAGCUGGGCAACUGCGUUGCCCUAGGGGAGCGUGAUUGCAGUGUGCAAAGACGACACCAGAAGAUCCUUGAGGAGUCUCCUGCGCCGGAUUUGGACGAAGAAACUCGUCUCGAUCUUUGGGAGAAGGCCAGGAAGGCUGCUUUGGCCGUCAACUACGUUGGCGCUGGCACUGUUGAGUUCAUUCUUGACAAGGACACCGGCGACUUUUACUUCAUGGAGAUGAACACCCGGUUGCAAGUCGAGCAUCCCGUCAGUGAAAUGGUCACCGGCACCGACCUUGUCGAAUGGCAAUUCCGCGUUGCUGCUGGCGAGAAGCUGCCAAUGACACAGGAAGAGAUCGUGAAGAACAUCAAGCAGCACGGUGCAGCCAUUGAGGCUCGUAUCUAUGCCGAAAAUCCGGAGAAGGGCUUCAUGCCUGAUUCCGGCAAGUUGAUUCACCUCACAACACCGAAGACGAACGAAGACAUUCGCAUCGAUGCCGGCUUUGUCCAGGGUGACACUGUCUCGGAAGCCUAUGAUGGCAUGAUCGCCAAGUUGAUUGUUCGUGGCAAGGACAGAGAGACCGCUAUUCGCAGGCUAGAACUGGCUCUCUGUGAGUAUGAAGUCGUGGGUCUCAGCACCAACAUCGAGUUCCUUAAGCGUCUUUGCCGGUCUCCGGCUUUCAUCGAAGGCGACGUCGAAACUGGAUUUAUCGACAAGUGGAGAGAUGAGCUCUUCAGGCCGCGGCCAAUUCAUGCCGAAGUCUUUGUCCAGGCUGCUCUAAGCUCGUUGUCCCCACAACUAUCACACGCUGCUCCCCAUGGAGGCAGCUUAGGCUUCGGUGAGGCCAGUACCCUCAGCGAGCGCAAAUUUGCCUUCAAGGUGCUCGAUUUAUACAGUGAGCAAGAAGGAGAGGUUGUAGAAGUUAGCAUCACACAAAAGUCUCAUCAACUCUUCGACGCACGUGUAACAAGGAAGGGAGAGGAGAAACCCCAGGUUUAUGAGAACCUCAUCAGCAACUUCCAGCCCAAGUCGUCGUCAACGAAUGCGUUGACAACGUUUUUCCCCAACGAGAGAUUGGAGUCGACUGUUGUGCAGAACGCGCAGACUGAACAGGAUACUAAGAUAGCUGUGUUCCAACAUGGCAUCAAGACCGAGCUUUCUCUUCUGCCGCCAAGUUGGUUCGAGAAGGCCCUCGGUCUGAAGGAGGUUACCGCGUCCGUCGUGGCACCAAUGCCUUGUAAGAUCCUUAAGAAUGAAGUGGAGGAAGGGCAAACGGUGGCCAAGGGAGCCCCGUUGGUUGUGAUCGAGUCUAUGAAGAUGGAGACUGUUAUUCGGUCGCCCCAAAAUGGCGUAGUUAAGAAGCUGGCUCAUAAGGAAGGAGAUAUCUGUAAAGCCGGAACGGUCUUGGUUCAAUUCGAGGAAGAAGCUACAGAAGGUUCAUGA